AUGGCUGCCUCCAUGGACACUAAAGCCGACUUACAGAAUCUCACCACUACCAUCCAGGAUGCUCUGUGGGUGGAGAUGGCGGGCCUACGGACAGAAGUCGCUAUGCAAGCAGGCCGCAUCCAGAUACAAGAGCACUCGGCUGUGGCCCAGUCCGCCAGGAUCACGGCGUCGGACAAAGCCGUGUCCCGCCAAG